AUGACGAUGAUCAAUCUCGUGUUAGGGAUUUCAACACUGUUGUUGCUGUUGGCCGUAGCUCAGAACGAUGAACCGGUUAUGUUUCCCAACGAACGGACAACACUGGAUGAUUUUCACCUUCGGUACUUCAAACUAGUUAGGUAUCCCACAUCCAUUCCCACGGCCGGACAACCGACCCGUUUCCGGGAAUUUGCUCACAUGGCCGCACUGGGUUGGACGCUGCCGAACGGCACGAUUCUGUGGCAGUGUGGAGGGUCGCUGAUUUGGGAGAAUUUCGUGCUGACAGCGGCUCACUGCCUCAUUGAUAAAAGAAAUCAGCCACCCGAUGUGGUCCGGUUGGGUGACCUGGACCUGUUUAGCGCCGAAGAUGACACAUACGCACAGCAGUUGAGCAUCGUAAAGAUUCUCCGGCAACCCGAGCACACGUUCGGUGCCAGCUAUCACGAUGUAGCGUUGCUGAAGCUAGAACGGAACGUGACACCAGACGGUGAUACCGGCCUGUUUGUGGAGCGAUGGUGAGCUCAGAAGCGUACGCCAACCUUGCUGAAAGUUUCGUUGAAACCGAUCGCCAAUGAACAGUGCAGUGCAUUUUAUCCUCCGA